AUGGAGGAAAAUAAGAAUUCGAAGAAAAAAAACAGAAAAUAUAAUGAGAUAAUGUUAAAAUCAGCCAUUGAAAGUGUUUUACAGUCAAAAUUAACUUUGUACAUGGCAUCAAAGGAAUUCAACGUGCCGUGGAGUACAUUAAAGGCCAAUGUUGAACGAGUUAAAGAAGAACGCAAGCAGGGAAUAACACAGAUUAGGAUGCUCAAAGUAGGUAGACCAUUUUCUUUGUCAGCGAAUUUAGAACAAAGCUUACUGUCAUACAUUAUACAAAUGCAAGAGCUUGGAUUUGGCCUUACUGUAAACCAGAUAAGACAAAUAGCCUUUUCACUUGCUGAGACAGCUGAAUGUAAGCAUUACUUCAACAAAAGCAAAAGAUGUGCUGGAUGGAAUUGGUGGGUUAGUUUUAAAGGUCGUUACGGUUUAAGUUUAAGGAUUCCGGAAAAUCUUUCAUCCGGUCGUGCUAUUUGCUCAAAUCCCACAAUAUUAGCUGAUUUUUAUGAAAAAUUAGAGGCAACUUUAGUUAAUCAUAACUUGUUGGAUUGCCCAGAUAGAAUAUGGAACUGUGACGAAACGGGUCUUAUGUACGUCAACAAACCUACUAAAAGUGUCACCAAAAUAGGAAAAAAAUACGUAUAUAAUCGAACAUAUGCUGAGAAAGGCACUACAACUACAGUGCUAGCUUGCAUUAAUGCAGCUGGGCAUUUCAUUCCCCCUUUGGUGAUAUUUAAAGGGGUAAGAAAUAUCCCUGGACUAUCGAAUGGGUCUCUGCCAAAUAGUUUAACGCGACUGUCGCCAAAGGGCUGGAUAAAUGCAGAUUUAUUCUAUGAGUGGUUGAAAUUUUUCGACCGAAACAUUCCUCCUACAAGGCCGGUUAUGUUGAUUAUGGAUUCACAUGCGAGUCAUAUAGCUCCAAAAAUUCUUGAUUAUGCUAAAUCCCACCAGAUAAUAUUAUUUACUAUGCCUGCUCACACAAGCCACAUUUUGCAACCACUGGAUGUUGGAGUUUUUCGACCACUUAAAGCGGCAUGGAGAGCAGAGUUGCAAAAUUAUAAAGUAAACAAUCCCACCUCAGUACCUACAAGAUUUGAUUUUCACAAAUUCCUGACACCGGUUUAUGAACAAUGUUUUACGCCUACCAAUAUACGAGCAGGAUUUAGAAAAGCUGGAAUAUAUCCAAUAAAUAAAAAUGCUGUAUGUUCAGAAGCUAUUGCACCUUCAAUAUUAUCAGAUCAACCUGUUCCUACAUCACAGUUCUCUAUGGAAGAAAUAAUUAUCGGUCAAGACUACGAUGUUGAUAUUCCUCAAGCCGAAAUAAUAAAAACUAAUUAUGAUCCCCUUAGUGAAGGAGCAAUCAACGAGAAAGACGCUAGCAAACCUUCAAUCCCAAGCAUUAGUUCUAUUGCCGAGGCACAAAUUGAAAAUAGUGCUCCUUCUGAGACUUUGCAAAUGGAAUGCGAGUUAGAACAAGUUCUGAACUCAAUGUAUAAUAUAAAUACUGUAACAAAUAAUAUAACCAUUGACGAUAUACCGAGACCUAUUCUUCAAAAUAAAAAUAAAAUUGAGAUACACGACAUAUUAAUAUUACCAAAAUGGAAACCUAAUAUAAAAACACGACAAAAGAGAAAUGUUCCCAAAGCUCAGUGCUUAACACCGGUCGCCACAACAUCAUCUACAAACGUAUCUUUAAGACAUGUCCGCCGAACAACUUUUAAAAAAAGAAGAUCAAAAAGUGAAAGAUCGGCGAACACCACAACCAAACUUAAGAAAACAAGUAAAAGAAAACGUCAAACAAACUUCUCAACCAUUAAAUAG